AAAAAAGAGGGUGCUAAUAUUGAUGCAUCUUUAAAAGAAAUAUGAAGACUGAUAUAAAUCCUAGUCCAUACAUUGAUACAGUACUUGCCUGUUGAUAAGGUACGAUUUAAAGGGUGUGACAGUCCCGUAUCAUGGAUAUUAGUAGAGGUGAAAGAGGCAGAAACCAAUUUUGAAUCGGAAACACGUAUGCAUUCAUUUCAUGAAACAGACUCAGUGAUUUCUGUGGACGCUGAAUCCCAUGCGAAAGCACCGGAAUGCGUUGACCAGCACCCUAAGGGCGUAUGGACGGGUGAACACGAAUCCUGCCGUGAAGGACAUACGUUUUCAACAGCAACAGCCCAGGCCUUUUGUAUUGUGGAAGUGCCUCCGAGAGAAAAGAGUACAAAUAUAGAGAUUGUGGCAAAUCCUGAGUGCCGCAGCGAAUCAAGAUCAGAUUACAUUCCUACCAGUCCACAACCACCACCACGGAAGUACUUAGCGACAACGCAUAACACGAAUACAUCAAGAAACCCGACGGAGGGGAGGUGCCCUGCAUAUACUGUACUUUCCUCAGCAAACAUCUUGGACAGCAUGAGUUGUAGUAGCUCCACCCAACUUGAAAGUGGGAAUGUAUACACGCAAUCAGAUGUCAGCAAGUAUGCAAAGAUCAGCAACUUGACGAAGCGUGGAGCGAUCGACAUAGUGACCGCGAGCCCUAUAUUGGAUAAUUCCGCCGGAAGUCAUUCUGGCACAGACGCUUACAAUUCAGCAGUUUGCCUGUCAGAAAGGACGAGGAGGAAGAAUAAUAUACCGGUGAGAAGCCUACCAAGCAGUGAUAGUAAUAGGCGUAUCGUCGUUCAAUGGUGGCAUAAGUAUAAGACUAAUAUAUACUGGCUGUUGGUGUGGAUACCCGCAUGGAUCUAUGCAGGUAUAGCGCAUUUCUACUUCGAAAAUCUGCUGACAGAGAAUGAUAAUGUGUCUGAAGCGGAAUCCAAGAAUAUCUGGCUCAAGUACUCGAUGAACAUAGAACCUUAUCUCCAACAGGUUUAUAUUUAUUUUGGGGUGAUAUACUGUGUUACCAUGUUGAUGGUGCUCACGGUAUGCGUAUUGGUCACCCUUAAUAUCCGGGACCCAGCCUUGGCCGUACUGAAUCCGAUUUUUCUGUUCCACGUGUGUUCGAUGAGUGUGCUCAUUCUCGUGGCCGACUUGAACUCGCAGUACAGCACCCUCACGUACAGUAAUUGGAUCAACAGCAAUUGGAGGUUGGCGUUGAAUUCUUUUAUUAUCAGCUUUUGUCUUCAGUUUUUUAUCAUGGCCCCCCUUCUUCGCCUGCGUGCCAUGUACUUGGUGUUCAUUAAGUCUGUCUACGAUGUGCAGUACAAAUGGCUUGUUCUGCGAGCCGUUGUUCAAUGCGCUGUCACAAACUGCACGAUAUGGCUGGCGUUCGGACCUCCUGAAUACUUCUGGUUGAUUGGUUGGGGCGCGAGGGUGGGGUUCGCCCUCAUCGUCAUUGAGAUCAUAUUCUAUGUUGUCACACUGAGGAAUUGCAAGUAUCUUCAGAAACAGUUUGCUAUGACCCUCCACAUGUGUAUUGUGAUAUUGUUCACACUGUGCUAUAUAGGGCUCCUUCUCGCCCUGCUCCACCCCACCUGCAAUAUGCCCGAUCAAUUUCAUGCAAUCAUUAUCCUGGUCUGGGUGACGAAUAUGGAACUGAUUGGCCCUGCAUUGUGGCAGACAUAUUGGGUGCGUCUCAAGCUAUCUUACAACUCCAAGAGGCCCACACCCCGGCGCGGGAGUCUUGUAAAUUCGGGUUUAGAUCCAAUCAUGCAAGAUGGUGAACUCUAUGAAGUGCUACUUGUGUGCGCAAAGAAGCGGUUUUGUGAGGAAAUCUUGCUCUUUAUUCGCGAUACCGACAAUCUGCUAGCUUUUCUGGGAGACGGAUCUGAAGAAUGCCUUGCAACAUCAGUUGUCGAAGAGAAGGAAAGGCGAGCUCAAGCCUUUCUGGAAAAAUAUGUCUUGCCAGGUGCAGCUUAUCCAGUAAACAUCGCCAGUGGACAAAUAGCUUCAUUUAUGAAGAUUUAUGCCGGUAUAAUAGCAAAGAAAGGUCUGUUAGUGUCAGAACUUGUUUUCGUGCUGGAACAGAGCUUGAAGGACUUAAUAGAACUGUUCGAAUCUUCGGGCGUGUUGACAAUGUACGAUAAUUCAGAAAGCAAGCGAGAGAUUAUCAAAGUGCGCCAGACUGUGGCACGUUUGGGCUUUGUCGUUGUUACGGAGUCAACAGUGAGGAUGUAAAUCGAAAGCAGUCAACUCAUAAGUACCUUGUGACCGCAACGGAAUACAAGUGGUCUAUCGGCGACAUGAAAUACUGUUGGCGGCAGGCACGGCUUGCCCUUAAUUAGUCAGUCCUUGGCAGUCUAUAUCCAGACAUACUUGCAGACAGUUUUUGUUGUCCUACUCUUGCCUCGUUACCGGGCAUGAAGCUCGUCAGUUGGCACCACCGUGGCGGUCGAUAGGUUUGGAUUGAUUUGAAGUUGUACCUCAAUCCGACAAUCUGACAAUUGAGAGUCUGGUGUCUGACUAGGGUCAGUUCUGAGCGUUGCUGAUGAACCAAUACUGGUUUUAAAAGGGGCAUAUGUUGAUCUCCACACCUCAGAAUCAAUACUGUAGACUUCGUGUUUACGGCAAAGUACAUAUGCUCCUUCUAUAGUAACAUAUGCUUGUUGGAACAGCAUGAUAUGCUCAAUCUAGGUACCCACAAUAUAUUCCCGGUACAGUCAGUCUUUGCAGUUCGCCUCACUGUCACCAGAAUUGUUCCUGCUAUUAUCGACAGAAACAUGCAUCGAAUAUGCCUAGACUACGGUCGCACACAGAUGUCGACGUCACGCCGAAACCGUUAAAUUACACCUUCGUUCGAUAUAUUGGCUCUGGAGUGUAAUACGAGCGAUAGCCUUAUACUAUGAAUUUUCCUACUAAGCCAAGAAAUUUCAACAGAAUACACAUCAAUAUAUAAACAUGCCACAUAAUGGAGUUUUCACAAACUCCAUAGUACUAUAAACCAAAUUAUUAGGA